AUGUGUCACAUAGCUGUGAUCCUCCAUCGGCGCUGUUAUCAAAACCCCAGAAGCACCAGCACCAGCACCAGCACCACCACACCUCCCAUUGCUAAAGCCUGUGCCCCUACGGUUCUAGUUGGAUCUCUCGGUGUCGGAAAUCUCUCAAAUGCCCCACCUCGGGAGCCAACAGGCAUCGGGAUGCCUCAAUGGAUGAAAUCUGUUGGGAUGCCUCGGCAGGCAGAGACCACCGAGACGCCUCGAGAGGCAAAGACCCUCGAGAUGCCUCGACAGGCGACAGCCGUCGAGAGGUCCCGCAUCGCGGACGUUGACGGGGAGGCAGCGCUUCAGGUUAUUCUGCACUCAGUGCUCACAGGCUCGAGUUGGGCUUGA